UGAACAUAGAAGGCUUCGUGGGGCUGUGAGUAUUUUGGGUGCAGUCUCCAGCACCAAGCGUCCAUUGCAAUGCCUCAGAAAAUUGAGGAAAUCGAGGACUUUCUGCUCACAGCCCAGCAGAAGGAUGCCAAAUCUGUCAAGAUCAAGAACAAGGAUAACGUGAAGUUCAAGGUUCACUGCAGCAGGUACCUUUACACCCUGGUCAUCACAGAUAAAGAGAAGAUUGAGAAGUUGAAACAGUCACUGCCCCCUGGUUUGGCAGUGAAGGAGCUAAAAUGAACCAGACCUCUGUGUUUU